UCGGUAGGCACGUUACAUUGAUGAUCCGUUACAAGCGAGCUUUUCUCCGGCCACAUCCGCAGCGCGAAGUCCACCGAAUUCAUCGUCACUGAGUACUCAAGUACGCUGAUCGAUAAAAAGUCCAAAAAAAAAAAGCCAAGAAUGAAGUUUUCUCAACGAGUGUAGAUGUGGCCCUAGUGUUGUUUUUUUCUCUCGUAAAAGAAUCGGACUAAAACGAAGAUUAAAAAAAGUGAAUUUUGGCAAUGUGCGUUUGCCCGCAGGACAUGGAUAGCAGCUCGCAUCACGAGGCAGUUUUCGGAGCCGUCAACGCUACCAGCGGUGCGCUAGCCGUGGUGGCGGCGGCGGCCCAGCAACAACUGGCCGGUGCCUCGUCGGCAGCCUCGUCCUUACACAACAGCGUGCCCGCCGCCGUCGCCUUUCAGACCUCGUCCAUCAUAGUGAACACAAUUGCCCACGCGACGACGACCAUGGGCCCGCAUUUCGCUCGGCAAAUGAUGAAGUUCAACAACUACACGGUCGUGGACAAGGUACCGCCGGACAUGCUCGAUCGCGUCGGAGCGCAUUGGUAUCAAUAUCCACCGCUGUGGCCGAUAUGGCAUAAAAUAUUGGGCCUCGUGAUGGUCUUCAUCGGUAUGAUUGGCUGGAGCGGCAACUUCAUGGUCGUGUAUAUAUUUUUAGUAACGCCGAAUCUCAGGACACCCAGCAACGUGCUCGUGAUAAAUUUAGCUUUUUCGGACUUUUUCAUGAUGAUAGCCAUGUCACCUCCGAUGGUUAUUAAUUGCUGGUUCGAGACGUGGAUUCUGGGUCCUCUGAUGUGCGACAUUGAGGCGCUCAUUGGAUCGGUGUGCGGGGGAACCUCCAUUUGGACUAUGACAGCUAUAGCUUACGAUCGUUACAAUGUCAUCGUCAAAGGAAUGUCAGGAACUCCGUUGACAUUUAUGAGAGCCAUCAUACAAGUCGUCUUAAUUUGGACUCAUGGAUUUAUUUGGGCGUCGCUUCCUCUUUUUGGCUGGAACAGAUACGUCCCCGAAGGCAACAUGACAUCCUGUGGCACGGAUUACGUCUCGGACGACUGGUUCGGAAAAUCCUACAUUCUCGUCUACUCGAUUUUCGUUUAUUACAUACCUCUCUUUUCCAUCAUCAUUUGCUAUUAUCACAUCGUGUCGGCUGUCGCGGCCCACGAGAGAGGAAUGCGCGAGCAAGCUAAAAAGAUGAACGUCGCCUCGUUGCGCUCCGGGGAACAGGGCGGCGAGAGGGCAGAAGCCAAACUGGCCAAGGUAGCGCUGACGACGAUUUCCCUCUGGUUCCUGGCUUGGACUCCGUACUUGGUGACGAAUUACAUGGGCAUAUUUAACAAGCAGUACGUGACUCCGUUGUUCACGAUUUGGGCAUCGUUAUUUGCCAAGACCAACGCCUGUUACAAUCCAGUCGUUUACGCCUUCAGCCACCCCAAGUACAGGGCGGGUUUGAAAGUGAAAUGUCCUUGUCUGGUGUUCGGCGACGACGAGGAGAAAAAGCCAGCUCCGGCCGCAGCUGCGUCGAAACCCGCUGCCGACGCUGGUUCGACCCAUACCAAUGAUGGCAAGGCCUAAAUGUAUACUUUGUCAAUCGACCAUGGUUGUUAUAAAUUUGUUUUGAAAAAAAAAAAUUAUUAUUACCAACUAAUAUAGGAUUAUUGUCUUUUUUUUAAUGUUUACGAUUGUUAACAUUGUAGGAUAUCUUAUCUUGUAUCAUUUUCAUUUAAUAAUUAAAAUUUAAUCAGUUCUGUUAAGAAAAACAAAACAAUGUACGUAAACAUAAAACCUUU